CCCAGGAGGAGUUUUACGGCGCUUCCGUUAUCCUCCUGUACUACGUCACGCUGUCUGACCAGGGGUGCCCCCGUCCCGCGGGGCAAGUGCCCAGCGUGCAGACGGCCAGGCAGCAUCUGCUGAACUUAACAGCAGCAUAUGAUAACUCGGCAGCGAUACGCCAGACGGGUUUAAAGUCUCUUUUGGAUAGAGUCAAGGUUGGUAUAACUCUUUGGUGUGUAUGGCGGAAAUGGAUGAUAGGCAGGGUGCGAAAAGAGUGGGCAAGAGCGGUUUAAAUGGGGGCGUGGCUAAUUAUAAGGGGGCGGUGUUGAGAUACGGUGAGAUAUGGUAAAGUUGUAUUGUGGGAAGGCUGGGAUUGGUGUAAAUAUUCAGUUUGGGUAGGGUGAGAUUGGGGUAAAGAUUCAGUUGGGGUUAGGUGGGAUAUGAGUGAAGAUUCAGUUUAGGUAGGAUGGGAUUGGGGUAAAGAUUCUGUUCUGGUAGGAUAAGUUUGGGGUAAAUAUUCAGUUUGGAUAGAAUGGGAUUGGUGUCAAGAUUCCGUUGGAUAGGGGGGAAUUGGGGUAAAGAUUCAGUUUUGGUAGGUUGGGAUAAGUGUAAAGAAUCAUUUCGGGUAAGGUCUGGACGUAAUGGUCACAGGCCACGGUUAGAGAAGACGCAAACCCCUUUGUUUAAAAACAUGAUUUGUUUUGUUUCUUUAAUUUACCCACCAAGCUUGAUUGCCUUCCCCAUGAAUAUUACAAAUAAACAACAACCCCACCAACGCCACCAACAACAACACCAACAACAACCAAUUCUGCCUCAUUUUUAUACAACAGCACCACAUUAGUCACGAUCACCACGAUCACAAAGCUAAUGACCCCCACGAAGGUCAUGGUCACCACCAGCACGACGACCACUCUGACCAUGAUCAUGGGCGGCGUCGGAGGGAGUCAGAUGACCACGACCACCAUGAACAGGAUGACCAUGAUGACCAUGAUGACCACGACUCCACGAAUAUGAUAGUUAAACGGAAGGUCAGUUUCCAAGAAACGUUUACUCUCCGUAACUUAACCGGGAAGCCCUGAGAUCAGCCACAUUAAUGUAAGGCCCACACUGCUCAAAUGUAUCAGAGUGGUAUCCAGGGUGGAGGGAAAACAUUGCUCAGGGCAUGGGGGCCACUGAGAGGUAGGCUAAAUGUGCUGGAGGGGGCCAGAGAACAAAAAAAAAAGAACCACUCCCAGCCCGGUUCAUAUUUCAAAUAUCAGACUCUUUCAGGUAGGGGCGGAAAUUUUUAUUUUUUGAUGUACGUGCCCCCUAACCCCUCCCCGCGUACGUCAUCGUCCACAUCCCAGUUUUCUUAAAUAAUCCUUAAUAUUGUCAUGUCCUUGACAUAAGCUUAAUCAAAAUAACCAUUUUGCAUGAUAUAGUUAGUGUAAAAAUAGUUGCGUCACUGCUAGAGCAGCUAAGCUUUAAAAAAAAAAAAAAGAAAAAGAAAAGAUUCAUACAAUUUGAUGUAGUUUUUUUUAUUAUAUUUUUUAUUUUUAAAUAUUGUUUUUUACGUUAAUUUAUUUAUGGCUAAUUAUUAACGGUAUAAAGUUAACAACAACUUCAUGAGAGAGAAAACUAACACGUUAUUUUUAAGUUAUGUUAAAAAAAAAGGAAGGAAAAAAAAAGAAGCAACGUUAGAGAAAACAAAAAAAAAAAAAUUCUGUAAACAUUGACACAAUGUUUUGUUCUCAGUGCCUCAGUUCCGAUGCCUUGUUUUACUACAUGGGGGCAGACAACGCUGGUUACGUGAGCACUGACAGGAUUGGGGAACUUUCUGCCCUGGUUGUCUACCUUAUCUACAGCGGUGAGCGUCUGUUCGAUAGUGAUAAAAAAAAACAAAAUUCAAGCCAUUUCUGAAAAGAUAGUCUACACUCAUUCAAGCCAAACGGCAAAAGAAAAAGAAAAAAAAAAGAAGAUAGGCAUCUGAUCGAACUCUUAAGCAGAAGUAAAAAUUUAAAAACAAAAAAUUAUUGUGUUACUUUAUUAUUAUUUUUUUUAAAUCUGUAGGCUGGAGAGUGAGAUGCAUAGUUUUAUUUUUACUUUAUUCACGCGUUGUUUAUGUUGUAUAAUUUUAAAAGAUGAACAUAUAAUUUUCAAUUAAAUAAAGUAUAGUUAUCGCAUGCAAGGUCACUUUCUAGAGCUGGGUCGAUUGAUUUCAUGUCAUUUUUAAUGGGGAUUUAAAGAAAGUCGUUUUAAACAAAUUAAAACUGGUUUUAGAUAUACCAUGCCGUCAUCGGAAUAUUAGUUGGUUAAAUGGUAAAUUUAAAGAUUUUAAAAGAUGAAAUAUGAGGUAAAUAUAGUUCAAUAUGGAAGAAAGUUACUGAAAAGUGUGUGAGUGUAUGUGUGUUAAUAGCAUGAGCGAGAUGACGGUUUGUGGCUUUCGCCCAAAGAGAGCCUGUGUGCGUGGCUUGAAAACUGGUGCUGGUGAGGAGAUUGUGACAACUGAAUGUGAGGGCUAAGUGCGGUCGGGUAGUGUGUGUGUGUGGGUUGUGGAGUUUGUAAAUGUGUGGGAGGAGAGUGCAUUUGCGUGAGUACUGAGCGAAGAUUGGAAUGCGUGAGUGUACGGCCAAAGUGUACGACUAAUGAAGUAAAUGUUAUUAUAUAUGUUCGAAUAAUUUUUUUACGAAUUGGUUUCAUGAGAUUUCAUCUAGCAAUCCAAAACCUUAUGUUUGACAGGUUCGGACGUCGAAGAGAAAUGUCGAUUGGUGCCCUAUAAAAGCGAGUUUAUAAACAAUAUUUUCCUCCAGUAUGCUCAAGGGGGUGCUAACAUCUCUGUCAGCGGUGAGUUGAAACUUUAAAAAAAAAAAAGUCUGUUCUGGUAAAAUUUUGGCCAAUACUUAAAAAAAAAAAAAGUCUGCUAUGGUAAAAAUUUGGCCAAUAAUUAAAAAAAAAAAAAUCUGUUCUGGUAAAAAUUUUGCCAAUAAUUAAAAAAAAAAAAAAAGUCUGUUCUGGUAAAAUUUUGGCCAAUACUUUAAAAAAAAAAAGUCUGUUCUGGUAAAAUUUUGGCCAAUACUUAAAAAAAAAAUAAAAAUAAAAACAACAUGUUUUAAACAUUCAACGUUAUGUUAGUUACUUGUUUUAUCCACCGAAUUUUCGGUAUUGUAGGGGUUAAUCUUCUACCAUUACUUUUGACCACUUUUCUAUGGGUUAAUCGUCUACAGUUAUUUUAGUUCUGCAUUGUAAGGGCUCAUCUUCUACUAAUAUUCUAUUUCUGUAUUCCAAGGGUUAGUCUUCUACAAUUAUUCUAGCUCUGUAUUCUAAGGGUUAAUCUUCUAUUAUCAUUUUAGUUCUUUAUUCUAAAGGUUAAUCUCGUACUAUUAUCCUAUUUCUGUAUUCUAAGGGUUAAUCUUCUACCAUUAUUCUAGUUCUGUAUGACAAGGAUUAGAUCUAACAAUUGUUCUAAGUCAGUUUUCUAAUGAUCAAUCUUCGAAGAUAAUUGUUCCAGGUCAGCAGUAUAAGGGUUGAACUUUCCAUCUUUCUUCUAGGCCUCAAGUCUCUGAUGUCCAGAUUAGAUAUUAACCCAGAUGACUUUAAGCACGGUCACGCUGGACAUGACCACUCUGACGGACACAAACACAGGCGACGUCGGUCAGUGUCCAGUUGGUCAGCGAACAUGGUGGACAUCACAUCAGCCAGGGAGAAACGUCAAACUCCAGUGUCACAGGUCAACUUUUUUUUUUUAAAUUACAAUUUUUGAAAGGCAAUUUCUUUGUGUUCUUUGUUUCGGUUGCAUGGUUGGUCAACGGUGAGAGUUUCUUUCAACUCUUUUAAAGGUAGAUGAUCGUAAUAUUUCAGAGUUACAAAACGGGGAAAAAUAUUCGCUAGCCCCCCUUUAAAAACAAGGAACUCAUAACGAUGAGGUGAUUGAGGGGGAGAGAGAGAGAGAGAGAGAGAGAGAGAGAGAGAGAGAGGGAGAGAGAGAGAGAGAGAGGGGGGAGGGGGAGGGGCGAAAACAAAAGCUCUAAAACAAUAAAAAAAAUCGUAGCUAAAUAUCUCUAUACCAAUAACUCAAAAAAAUAAAUAAACUUGAACUUAAAAAAAAAUAAAACGGGGAAAAAUAUUCGCGAGCGCCCCUGUAAAAACAAGGAACUCAUAAAGAGGAGGGGAUAGAGGGGGAGAGAGAGAGAGAGAGAGAGAGAGAGAGAGAGAGAGAGGGAGAGAGAGAGAGAGAGAGGGAGGAGGGGGAGGGGCGAAAUCAAAAGCUCUUAAGCAAUAAAUAAAAUCGUAGCUAAGUAUUUCUUUACGAAUAACUUUAAAAAAUAAAUAAACUUGAACUUUAAAAAAAAAAAAAAAUCUCUAUAUGUUAUAAGUAGCCUCGUCAGUGUCGUGAACUUUGUUGAAUUUCUGGGACAUUAUACCGCUUCUAGAAAUACUAAUCAAAUUCAUCUAUACUUAAUUGCUUAUAGAAAUACUUAUCAACGUUAUAUAUAUCAACGCUCCCAGAAACAGCCAGACACUGGAGUCCUUUAAAACCGAUUUAAAAACACAUCUAUUUCGCAAACACUUUCGGGGGGUGAUGUUGUCUACCAUCUUUUUCCAGUUAAUGUAUAUUGGCUUGUGUUGCCUAUGGUUGAAAUCGGACGAAAGACUUUGACUGUGUAUGCUUGUAUGUAGUUUUUAUCUUGUUGCAUUUGUUAAUUUAUGUGGUAAAUUAUAGAUUAUUUUUAUUUCUCUCUUUUUUUUUAAUACGUUUGACUUUGCACCACGCUUCGAGCUUUUGGGGAUGAAGCGUGUUUUUCAAAUAAACUUUAUUUUUAUUAUUAUUAUAUAGCAACUUGAUUUUUUUAAAAUCCUUAUUAGAAGAAGAAAUUUGUUUCAUUUCUUAAACAACAAUUCCAAUAAAAAUGGUUCUACGUGUGCAGGACCUGGUCAGCUGCUACACGGCUAACCAGCUGAUGACACUGUACGAGUCAAACACAGGAGUGGACAAGAUGACCUUCCAACAGCUGUGCCCGUCACUCUUAAGCCAGAAGCUCUACGCAGACUGCACACCGCCCAGUCCGCAGACUUUAGGGCCGACGGAGGCCGAGA